AUGGUUUUGGGGGGAGUGCCACCAGUACAAUUCCUGGCAACGGCCCGAGCUGCCAUGUACGCUCGGGUCAAAGCCUCUCGCCUACGGGGCAACGUCAUCCCCCCGAGGACCAUGGCGUUGUGGAGAGAGAGAGCCCGUCGGCGGGCGAUCGAGGUAUGGGCGAGACCACCUCAUCGAAAACCCACCGACAGUGGGCACCCGGUUCUGGAGGCCGUCCUCUCCUACCUGGAGGAGCGGCUAGACCGCCCAUGGGGCGGCCUAUCUUACCGAAUGACGCAGGUGCUCAUCGGAGACGGUUGUUUCGGUGAGUACCUGUGUCAAAUAGGGAAAGAGCCGACAACGCAUUGCCACCACUGUGAUGCGGAAAGGGACUGUGCAGCACACGCUGGAGCUUUGCUCAGCGUGGGACGAGAUGCGCAGAGUCCUGAAGAAUGA